AUGGCGUGGAAGCGGCUGGGCGCCUGGCUCCUGCUGCCCGUCCAGCUCCUCUGCCUGGCGGCCAAGGCGGCGGCGGGCGCGCUGCUGCCCUCCAAGCUGCGGGACCUGUCCGGGGAGAGCGUGCUGAUCACGGGCGGAGGCCGAGGCAUCGGGCGGCACCUGGCCCGCCAGUUUGCCCAGCGCGGGGCCCGCAAGGUUAUCCUGUGGGGUCGAACUGAGAAGUGCCUGAAGGAGACCACGGAGGAGAUCCGGGCGAUGGGAACAGAGUGCCAUUACUUCAUCUGUGACGUGGGGAAUCGGGAAGAAGUCUACCGGCAGGCCAAAGCCGUCCGGGAGAAGGUGGGAGAUAUCACCAUCCUAGUCAACAAUGCAGCGGUUGUUCACGGCAAGAGCCUGAUGGAGAGCGACGACGACGCCCUCCUAAAAUCACAGCACAUCAACACCCUGGGACAGUUUUGGACCACAAAGGCCUUCCUGCCGCGGAUGCUGGAGCUACAGAAGGGGCACAUUGUGUGCCUGAACUCCGUCCUGGCGUUGUCGGCCAUCCCGGGAGCCAUUGAUUAUUGCACUUCCAAAGCCUCUUCCUUCGCCUUUAUGGAGAGCUUGACCCUUGGGCUGCUGGACUGCCCGGGGGUGAACGCCACCACGGUCUUGCCCUUCCACACGAGCACCGAGAUGUUUCAGGGCAUGAGAAUCAGGUUCCCCAACCUUUUCCCCCCGCUAAAGCCGGAGACGGUGGCCCGAAGGACGGUGGAAGCCGUUCAGCAGAACCAAGCCUUCCUACUCCUCCCAUGGACAAUGCAUAUCCUAAUCAUCUUGAAAAGCCUGCUCCCGCAAGCGGCGCUGGAAGAGAUCCACAAGUUCUCCGGGAGCUACACCUGCAUGAACACUUUCAAAGGGCGCACAUAGAGGUUGCGCCAUGCUCCGGCGCCAAGCCAGAAGCGGCAGCGAC